GCCCACACCAACAGCGGAAAUUCCCACCUUUGCAAUUGCAAUGCAUAAAUAAAGUUUGUGCUUUUUACUUGAGUGGCGUCUUCUCGUAUUCUUCUUCUCCCCCUCCGCUCCGCGAUUCUAACCACAAUGUCUGCUGCCUCCGCCGCUGGAUCCACCGCCCUUUCCCACAAUGCUCAACGGAUUUCCCACCGCAAACAAAUCUCCAAUUUUAGCCACCUUUCAUUGCCUGCUAAGUUUCCGGCCUCCAUCGAUUUGCAAUGCCGAUCUCUUCGCGCCGCUUCUUCCUCAGGCAUAAAGGCGCAGGUCGCAACUAUCGAACAAGCGGCUGCUGAAACGACACACAAGGUAGAAGCUCCUGUUGUUGUUAUCACAGGAGCAUCCAGAGGAAUCGGCAAAGCUGUUGCUUUGGCUCUCGGGAAAGCUGGCUGCAAGAUUUUAGUUAAUUAUGCAAGGUCAUCAAGUGACGCAGAAGAAGUUUGCAAAGAGAUAGAGGCAUCUGGUGGACAGGCUCUUACUUUUGGUGGAGAUGUUUCCAAAGAAGCAGAUGUGGAUUCAAUGAUAAAAACUGCAGUUGAUGCAUGGGGAACUGUAGAUAUUUUGAUCAACAAUGCAGGAAUUACAAGGGAUGGUUUGUUGAUGAGAAUGAAGACAUCUCAAUGGAAUGAGGUCAUCGAUCUGAACCUUACCGGAGUUUUCCUAUGCACACAGGCAGCUGCCAAGGUUAUGAUGAGGAAGAAAAAGGGAAGGAUUAUUAAUAUCUCAUCCGUAGUUGGUCUUGUUGGAAAUGUUGGACAAGCCAACUACAGUGCUGCAAAAGCCGGGGUAAUUGGACUAACAAAAACAGUCGCCAAGGAAUAUUCUAGCAGAAACAUUACUGUGAAUGCUGUUGCUCCUGGAUUCAUUGCAUCUGAUAUGACUUCUAAGCUUGGGGCAGAGUUUGAGAAAAAGAUAUUGGACUCCAUCCCAUUGGGAAGAUAUGGGCAACCAGAGGAAGUUGCCGGGUUGGUGGAAUUCUUGGCCCUUAGCCCUGCCGCUAGUUAUAUCACUGGACAGGUGUUAACCAUUGAUGGAGGUAUGGUCAUGUAAGAAGCUCUUGAUAUUCACCAUUGCUCUAGAUUCCCCUCUCCAAAUGAGUCGACUCGCCUCUACGCAUUUGUAUCAAGUGACAAGUUUUGCCUCGGAAUAUUAUGGUGAAGAAUUUGGUGUGACCAAGAUUUGAGUUUAUUGAAAGCAGGUGGUUGUGUUGUAGUACUUCCAUUUGAAUAUGAUCUUAUGGUUUAUUAAAAUAAAUUGUAACGAAAACAAAUUAUAGUAUUAUUAUUGAGAUUAGUUUUGCCAGCCAUAGCAUUUUA